AUGCGGCUCGGCGCCGCCGGGCCCAGCAGCAGCGCCGCCGCCUGGGCCGCGGAGCACCAGCAGCAGCAGCAGCCGGCACAGGCGCAGCGGCGGGUGGGGUGGGAAGACGAGUUUGCUGCAGAGGGGGGGUCGGCAGCAGCCAGCAGCAGCGGCUGGGUCGACGAGUUCCAGUCGACGGCGGCAGCAGGCAGCGCCAUGCGGCAGCGAGCGGGUGGGGAUGCGCUGGAGCAGACCAAGAGGCUGGCAGACACGCUGGCAGCCAGUCAAGACCCCAAGAUCCAGAACAGCAAGUUCCUGCAGUUUGUGAGCAAGAUGAGCCGAGGGGAGCUGAUCAUGGAGGACAACCAGGUCAAGGAGGUGCCGCCCGCCGCCGCCGCGUGGGCCGACGAGUUCAGCACGCAGCAGCGGCGGCAGCGGGCGGGGCAGGGGCCGGCGGUGUGGGGGGACGAGUUUGCCUCCUUCCAGUCGCAGCAGCACCCCGCGGCCACGGGAGAAAAAUGGGCGGAAGACUUUUCAGGGGCUGGAGCCGACUGGGCAGACCAGUUUGCCGAAGGCGUGGUGGGAGGCGGCGCAUGGGUGAAGGAGUUUGCAGAUGGGCGCGGCAGCACAGGUGGGCAUCCGGCUGUGCGCCCUCACUCCGCCGGCGAGUAUGUGUUUGCCGAGGUCAACCCCUUCCUGCUGGACACCGACAGCAUGAGCAAGGGGCGGGAGCUGUUCAGGCGGGGCGUGCUGACGGAGGCUGUGCUGGCGCUGGAGGCCGAGUGCCAGCGCAGCCCGGGCAACGCAGAGGCGUGGCGGCUGCUGGGGACGGUGCAGGCAGAGAAUGAUGACGACCAGCAGGCCAUAGCCGCCAUGAACAGGGCACUGGCCGCCGACCCCUCCAACCUGGAUGUGCUGCUGUCGCUGGGGGUGAGCCACACCAACGAGCUGGAGCAGGGGGAGGCGCUCAGCUUCCUGCGCCAGUGGGUGCUGCGCCACCCCAGCCACGCCGCCGCGGCAGCCCAGGUGCCGCCGGUGGACGACUCGAGCCAGGCGGCGGCACACGUGGCGGCGCUGUUUGAGGCGGCGGCGCGAGCAAGCCCCGGCGACAGCGACGUGCACGCUGCGCUGGGUGUGGUGUACAACCUGUCGAGGCAGUACGAUGAGGCGGUGCUGGCAUUCAGGGAGGCACUCAAGCUGCGCCCGCAGGACUACUCCCUGUGGAACAAGCUGGGGGCCACGCUGGCCAACUCCUCGCGCAGCUCUGAGGCCAUCAGCGCAUACCAAAAGGCUCUGGACCUGAAGCCCAACUACAUGCGGGCCUGGACCAACAUGGGCAUCUCGCUGGCCAACUGCGCCGACUACGACGGCAGCGCCCGCUACUAUGUGCGGGCCCUGGCCCUCAACUCCAAGGCCGGUGCCGUGUGGGGCUACUUGCGCACCUCGCUGACCUGCGCGGAGCGGGCAGACCUGCUGCCCGCGGUAGACGCCCAUGACCUGCCCGCCCUGCAGCAGGCGCUGCCGCUGGAGUGA